AUGCCUUACCUAGUUGGAACUUCUUCUGUGGCAGUGGUUGAUAGAAGUCUACAAGCACGAGAAGCGGCGAGAAAAUUAUUACAAUUCUGUUUAAAAAGAGCUCAGGCACACAUGAAACUGUAUGCGAACAAGCAUCAUUCGGAGAGAACUUUCCAAAUACAGGACUUAGUUUAUCUAAGGCUACAACCUUAUCGGCAGCAGACCGUUAGAAAGAUCCUCAAUCAGAAAUUAUCUCCAAAGUUCUACGGGCCCUUUCCUGUGAUCAAGAAGGUGAGGGAGGUGGCAUACUCUCUUCAAUUAUCGUCGGGGCCUCGUAUUCAUCCUACUUUUCAUGUUUCUCAACUGAAGAAACAUGGAGUGGCAUCACCCACUCAGGCUCAAUUGCCACUGGUUGAUGAUCAUUGGGUAUUACCAAAAGAACCAGCUCAGAUUGUGGAUAGAAGAAUGGUUAAAAAAGGCAACUGGGCCGUUACUGAAGUAUUAGUUGAAUGGGCUGACUCUUUUCCUGAAGAUGCAACAUGGGGAUCUCUGGAGUUAUUGCAAACUAAAUUUCCUCAUUUUCAUCCUUGA